AUGAAGAGGAGGAGAAUCGAGAUGAAAAAGAUCGACAACAGGGCUGCAAGACAGGUGACUUUCUGUAAGAGGAGGGGACUGUUUAAGAAGGCUAUGGAGCUCUCAACUCUCUGCGAUGCUGAAAUUGCUCUCAUUGUCUUCUCUUCUACUGGAAAGCUCUUUGACUACGCCAGCUCAAGACCACAAUUAUCUACUUUCACCCCUGAGAUGUUAAUAUCACCUAGCUACUUUCUUAUUCACUCCUCUGAAUUAGAUAUUUGUGUUUCUGCACUUCAUAAAAUAUAG